UCUGUUAUAGCAGCAAAGAAGCUCCAGCAGCAGCAACAAAAACGGCAACAUCGACAGUAACGGUAGAAAACCAAGAACAUUUCGCAAAUCAACACCGCGUACAGGAAAGUAGGCAACAGUUUUUUGUUGCGCACCAUGGAAAUGGACGUCAAUCGCCAGACAUGCCGCAAUGCCAACCUAAUGACCAUAUCCGCCCGCUGCUGUGCCAACAACAAUGCAACAACAGAGACAACAACAGCAACAACGAAGGCAGCAGAUACUGAAACGCCUGAAGCGAGCGGCUGCUGCAGCAUCUUAAGUCGUUUGUUCUGCGUGAGCCGCCACAAGGCGACACAGUCUGUGGCAGGCACCGAGUGCAGCCAAGGCGAGCCGCUGUUCAUGCAACGCAAGACGCUGACAGCGCAGCCGGCAGCGCAGCGACGUCGACGGACUCCGCAGGAAAUCUAUUUCGAGAGUCGCGGCAAGUCCUGCAAGAAGCUAUUGAAAUUCAAUGGCCAUUCCAAUAAGGUAAGUGCCACAAAAAGAUGCUGCAGCUGA